AUGUCUGAUGAUAAUGAUGAACCUAUGCCAGUUGUAAUUGAAGGUGACAAAAAUGUAAGAAAUGAAAUCGUUCAGUGGUUAAGAAGUGGCAAAAUUGACUUCAAUUACAAAAUCACUACAAAUUUUUUUACUGGUAAAAAAGGAAAUCAUUCUGAUGUAAUUGAUCUUUGGAGAGAAGAUUAUGAGACACCUGAAAAUAAGAAUAAGUUUAAAAUCAUGAAAAUAACUAAAAAAAAUAAUUUAAAAAAUCAACAUGUUUCUGGUAUAAAAGGUACUGAUAAAUCUGAUAAAAGAAUUGAGGUUUUUUUAUUAUGUUUUGAUACUAGCGAUGAUGAAAUUAAUUAUGGUUGUAUUUCUGGAAAUGUUUCAAUUACAUCAAAUGAUAAGGAUAUGAUUGAAAAAAUUAGAGGUCAUCCUGAAGAAUUAGCUGUAAAUAAUUUUGUUUCUGAUCCUGAAGUUUAUGAAGCAAUAAUUGAAAAUUGGAUUGAGGAGUAUGGUAAAAAUAUUAAAGAUUCUUUAGAAAAAGAUAAUUAUUUUUUUGAAAUACGUACUUCUGAUAAUAUUAAAAUUUUUAUUUUAUUAUUUGUUCAAAAAAAUGAAAAAGAAUAUCGUUAUAUUAGUAUUGAUUUUAAAAUCAACAAAGAUAUUCUCGAUGAUUAUUUUUUUAUUUUGUUAGAAAAUAAUU